AAAAAAAUUAUGACAGUUUGUCAAAUUCGCUAAUGGUCGACGGACUGUGAUAUGCUUUUUGUAGAUAGAAUUUCAUAAUUCUUCGUUUUUAUACUCGAAUAUGCAAUUAUAUUCAUGAACAUUGUAAAAUCUCGUAAAUUCAUACAUAAAAAUCACGUCAGACCGUAUUAAUGGCCGAAUAAAUUGAAAUGAUAUUUCGCGUAACGUUUGGAAGAGUUUGAGCACUGGAGUUUUAGCAUUUUAUAACUUUUUCAUGUUAAAGCUGUUGAUAUUGUGGAUAAAGUCGUGAAGUUUAAAGAUGACUACGUCUUCUGAGGACGUUUUGCUCAGCGUCGGCUAUGUGCGAUUCAAGAAAGGUUACGGGACUUUGUAUGUUAUGAACCAAAGAUUAGCGUGGAUGUUAGAAAACAGCGAUACUGUGGCUGUGUCACACAAAUAUGCGGAUAUUAAAACACAAAAAAUAUCACCCGUGGGUAAACCAAAAGUGCAACUUCAAGUGGUACUACAUGAUGGCACAUGUUCCACUUUCCACUUUGUCAACCCUGCAGGGGCGGAGGAGCAAGCUAAAGACCGGGACCAAGUCAAAAUGUUACUUCAAAACUUAUUACCAAAGUUUAAGAGACAAAUUGAUGGAGAAUUGGAAAUGAAAUCCAGAUUGCUGUCCCUACAUCCGACAUUGAAGCAUUUAUAUGAAGACUUAGUGAUAUCAAAAGUGAUUAAUAGUGAAGAAUAUUGGAACACGCCUACUCUCAAAACUUAUACAGAAUCUAAUAAUGUUAAGCAGGAAGCAGGAGUUUCGGGAGCUUUCCUUGCAGACAUCCAACCUCAGACUGACGGGUGUAACGGCCUGAAAUAUAACCUCACCCAAGACAUUAUAGACGCCAUAUUCAAAACAUACCCGGCCGUUAGAAAGAAACAUGUUGACUAUGUGCCGAACAAAAUGACAGAAGCCGAGUUUUGGACCAAGUUUUUCCAAUCUCAUUAUUUUCAUAGGGACCGCAUAGCCUCAUCGUCUAGCAAAGAUUUGUUCGGAGAAUGUGCCAAACUGGAUGACCAAGCAAUCGCCUCAGCUAUGAAACACACAACUUUAGAUCUCACAGUGGACCUCCCCCAAUUCACAGAAACGAUACCCCUCCUCCCCUCCGAGGACGACGCGCCUCCGGAAAAAGAUAGAGGGGAUAGUACCUCCAUACAUAGAAACAUGAUCAAGCGAUUCAACCAACACUCUAUUAUGGUGCUCAAAGCUAGUCAUAAAACAAAUUCUAGUAAUAAUAAUAAUAGUAGUAGUAAAACGACAAAUAACAACAAAGUUGUUGAGAAUGGAGUCAAAGAACCAAACGGCGUGACGGAGAAGAGAACAGCAGAGGAAAGCAGUACAGAAGCGCCAAACAAGAAGCAGAGGAUAUUAGAGAAAUUACAUUACGAAGACUUAAAAGACAGCGGGAACAAUGAGGAUAUGCAAGAAUUGAAAUUGUCUAAAAUAGAAAGAUAUCUACUAGGCCCAUCAACUCAGACUCACCAAUCCAACACAUACACUAACCCACCACCUCUAUCUGCGCUCGCGUCGAUUUGUCAAGCGUGGAGCAGCGGGCAGCAGUGCGCGCGGCCCGUGCGCGUGUCGGCGGGCGCGUGCGUGGCCGCGCUCGGGGAGCUCAGCCCCGGCGGCGCGCUCAUGCGGCAUCAUCACGCGGCCUCCAUGGCGCAACUAAUUCCACCGGACGUAAAGUCUGAGCUACACCGUAUCUACCUGUCGGGCGGCGAGCUGCUGCGCGAGCUGUGGCGCUGCUUCCCGCAGCCCGGCUCCGCCGACGCGGAGGACAGCAGCGCGCGCGCCGAGAAGUUCUACGAGGCCUUGCUCAGGUUUAGGAAUGUUAAACUGAGGCCGUUUGAGGAGAAAAUGCUACGCGACUUAACGCCACUGGCUACAACACUAACGCGGCACAUGAACCAGAUGAUAGACACGGCGUGCGCUAAAUACGCGAUGUGGCAACAGAGGCAGGCCAAGCUGCGGUAGUAGUAAGUCAAUGUUUGUACCGUCAGCAGAACUAUUUAUGUAACAGCGUUAAACUUGGAGACUGUUCGUCUAACUGUAUCGACCAAGGACAGCACUCAGUUGAGGUCGGCCUGAAGUGGCAUGCUGUCAUUUUCGUUGUCAAGAGGUGUGUAGAGACUAAUAGUUAAGAGUGUCUCGUUGAAGUGUGUAGUUCUUGAAUAAGGCUGCGAAACUAAGUGUACCAGCUUUGGGAAUCUGUGGUGUCUCGUUUUAAAGUGUGAAAAUGAGAUGGUGCUAUCGGAUUUCCAUUGCUUUCUUUCAUUCAAUUUUCACAUAAUUUAGUUUUAUCUACAAUUUUGUCAUCAUAUGAUGUAUAACAGGUUACAGGAGUUAGUUAAUGCCAUUUUUAAAGACAUUCGCGGGCGUAAAAUGUCUUAUAGUUUUAAAUCACCAAUCACUUUGUUUCUGUUUCAAUUGAUUGUAUUUCUCUCCUGUAUUUAAUGAUAAAUGCUGUAAUUUUAUAUGAAAAGACUCGAAUAAACGCUUUACCUUUAUCUGAGCAAUAUAGAGUUAAUCGCUUUUAGACAGGGUCUGUGAUAAAUGUUCGAAAUAAUGCACGUCAUUUAUUUUUCAUAAAUAAUCUAUUAUUCUUCUGCUGACGGUACUUUUUUAAUUUAGCGACGUAUUUGUCGAAUUGUUAAGAACGUUAGUGAUGUGACGAGAGACAGAAGUGCAUAAUAGUUUUAAAUUUUUGUAUUUUCUUUGCGUUUUUUUCUAAGUUUUAUCUACCUUUCAAGGAGAUCUUUCGUUUACUUUAGAAAUACGUAGUUCCUUGAAUAAUUGCUUUUGAUUGUUUAAUUGUUAAGUCAACCCUGAUUUGACUUGUUCUAAAUAAUGGAAUAAAACAAUUAAAUGAAACACCUUUUAUAUACCCACCAUAUAUGUUCCCGAUAUGCCAAUAACCUAAAAACUCUAUUUUUAUAUCUCAUAGGUCAUCAGUCAUAACAAACAGCAAAAAUCUACUAAAGAGCUCUAAUAAAUUAGCUACUACCCUGCCUUACUCCUAGCUUUCCUACACAAUACUGCCCUUGUAAAUAUACAACAGAUAAAAAAGACUGAAUAUAAAAACAUCUAAAUAAACUUCCUUUCUCGUCACAUUUUAACAUGAACUCGGUAAAUAAAUUGUACAUAUGCCUGUCUGUAUAAUACAAUAAUCUGUGAAUACCUAAUAUCAUUUAGAUAUGUGUAAAGCGGCUGUUCACGGACGUACAGAACCCAGCGACGGAAAAGUCGCAACGACAAUUUUGUCGCACUUUGGUAUAACACUACACAUUUUGAUUCAUCAAUUUAGUAUGUUUAUUCUAGUAUACGAUUAGAGAUAAUUGUUUAUUUGGUCUCCAGUCGUUAUAUUUAUGAGUCGGUGUAAUAUUUGACACGCCUUUAGUCAGAUUAGAUCCAAUACGGGUGCUAGUGUGUUGCUACACUUGCUAGACUGUAUAAUGAUGGAUAAAAAUAUACUUAUGCAGUGGUAAUAUUUCUAAACCGCUUCGUGAUCAGAAUACAAUAGAUAAUUAUAGUUUUUCUUAGACUUCCUUUAAAAUAUUUAAUUCAUUUAAAAUAUUUAAGACAUUUAAAAUAUUAUAUCUCAUUAGGUGUUUUUUUACAACCUCUUGUGUAAGUAACUUAAUCAUAAAAUAAACGUAGCAAUUGCGACUCUAGUACAAAAAUAUCCACUUCAUCGUUCGUGAAUGGUCCGCCUUAGUCUACGUAAUAAAAUAUAAAUAGAAAAUGAAAAUAAAUGCAUUUUGAUGAACCAAAUCUAACUGAAUGAUAGUAAAUAAUUUAUUAUAUUUUUCACUAAAUAUCAAACUGCUAAAGCAUUGAUCGAAUAAUGCAAUAAUUCACUUGUAUUGCAAAAAAAAAAAAACUGCGUCGAAAUAUUUAACUAUAGUUUUCUACACGUUAUUUGAAAAUCAAUUUCCAAUUACAAAAAUAAUAAUAAACAACUCGCCAUAUAACAUUGUUCUAGCACCUUAAUGAUUUCUGAUUGUAUCUACUCAAUAAAAAACCUCAUUGGGUCUUUUAAAACUGUAUUUUUUAUAUUUAGAGAUGGUCCCAUAUGAAGGUACAUCAGAGGUAGACAUAAAUGUGCUACAAUUAACUAUUUGUUUUUUUUUUAAUUAAAUAUCUCAGAGAAAAGUUUAAAGAUGUGCACUUUAUAUAAUACAUUCAAGUUUUGACCAUUUUGAUGCAGUUUUUCGCCCUCGCUGUAGCAUAACCAAACUGGUACCAGUCAACUGUGUAUGUAAAUAUUUCACAUAACACUACGCUUUCAAUAGAUAAAUAUACACUUAGACAAAAUGUACAAACUACAAGCAUUCGUAAAAGUUCUGACGCAACUGUUGUUGUAUAUUUUAAUGAUGAAGAAAUAUACAGGUUGACCCAGAAGACAUUCUUAUAGUAGCAAAACCUUGUUUAAAACUGAAUACGAAAUAUUUUCCAUUUAUAAGGUCGACUUAAGAAAUGAAAUCAUUUAUUGUGUAAGUAGGAUCAUCAAUUUUACAUGACAUGUCUUGUUUUUUGAGCUUGCUAAAGUCAAUACUUUCACGAGUACCGUAAUCUGACUACCCAUAAUACGGUAAUAUGACUCGUUACCAAGCUUUUUGGAACAGCCUGUAUAGAGACAUAGCGCCAUCUCUUUUUUACAAGGGAAACUAAAAUUUCUUCCCUAUCGUUCAUCUUAUCAGCAGUUGACUGUUAUCAGUUCCACAAUAUAAAAGCGAUAUUCUAAUACUCGUCACCACGCUCCAUUUGAAACGUAACUGAUGUUAUUCUUAUUAAUAAUAUUGGCGACAAUAAAUCGCAUUAUUUCUAGUAUAAGUUGGAAGUGUCCAAAUUUUCUUGUUACCAUACGUUAUUGGCGAUACUGUGCUCUCUGUUCGCAAUGGUUGUUUAAUGCCUGGUUUUAUCCCACUGCUGGGCAAGGGCUAUUAAAAGAGUUUAAAAGGUUUUGUCAUAUUUUAUAUACCACUUCUUUGCGCAUAAAUAGAUAAACUUCAUCAAGAUAACUAGUCAGUUCCAAAAAAUGAGUCACCCGAAAUAAUGAUCAUGGGCUGAUCAAAUUUUGGAUAGGAGAUCAUUUGUUUUCGAAUUAGUUCUGCUUACUUGAAACAAGUUUUUUCGAUUCCUAUGUACAGGAGCGAUAUUUAAAACAUGACAGGUUUAUCAAAACCGUGUAGAGGAAAAAAUAGAUGAUUUUAGGUAUGUAAAGGUUGAGAGGAGAAAAUAAUGAAGGGAUGGAAUGGAAUGGAAUCACAUCACACAUUUUUUUGUGUGAGUGUGUAUAAAAAAUGGGAUGUAAUCCGUUGUAUGUGAAUGCAUAUAUUAAAACAACCAUGCGAACAGAAGAAACGAGGAUAGAAAAAUCUAAAAUUUUGAUAUUUUUAAGCAUUAACGAUUAAUUAGGUGGUUCACCUCUCUAUUACAUUUGUUUUAUUUGUUUAAUUGCGAUAUGACACAAAAUAGAAGUCGGAGAAGAACGUCGUAACAGUAACUACACGAUAAUAUGUAUUAUGACACUUAUUUCAAUAGUAGUAAAAUUUAUAUUACAAUACUCAAAGAAUGUGUUGAAAAGAUAGUAUUUUGAGUAUAAAUAGUCCGAAUAAGAUUCAAAGAAAGUAGUUUUGUUUUAAGUAUAUAGAAAGAAAAAGGUUUUAAUAAUAUCGAUAAACCAACGAUGUGUUCAUAAAUUUUAAAGGAUAUAAUCAUUGUAAUACUAUUUUUUUAAGUCAUGUGUUGCGUUUUUUUUUGUAUUAUUUGCAACUGUUUGUUUCUUACACAAGUAUUAAAUUAUUGUUACAAGCCUCUUCAAUCAUGUUUAAAGAACUUCUAUUUUGUGUCAAUCUGCAAAUAACUAUCGAAAUUAUGUUAUUUUGUAGAUCUCUCUAAGAUAUUAAACAUCCGUUUGAUUAUAAAUAUUAGUAAUAUAUAUUUUUUAACAAACUUCUGUAAACUUUUUUUGUGCUUUACUUUAGUUUUAAAUAAUAUUCAUAAAUGAACGGGUGUCCAUUAAAUGUUCCUGAAGCAAUAUUUCUGAUAAUCUGAACGUUUAGUUUAUUUUUAUUGUAAUAACAUUAUUAAUUUCGUGAUACGUAAAAUAAUAAGGUAUUUAAUGUAGUGCACAAUAUUGUUUUUCUAUAAACGAGUUAAUUGAGAGUUUUAAAUGUAUAUAACCUUUUUUUAAAACACGCAAGUGGAUAAUGUUAUCCGUGCCUUCCUCCCUUUAGCUUCUAACUUGUAUUAUACUCAUUUUAAUAGACCACAAUACACUUAAUAUUUAUUUUAGUAAUAUUAUCGAUAUUGUGCACUACAUUAAUACAACGUGUUUUGUACAGCCAGCGACAAAAGUAUUUGAGUUUACUUGAAUGCAACCUUUACCAGUUGUUGAAUAUUACAUCUAUAGAGAAUGUUAUGUUAUAUCCAUAUAACUUUGAUAGAUCAUUUUGGGUAUAAUAAGGUUAAAGGUUUUGUGGUUGCCUGUACAUGCACGUAUAAAUAGUUCGUUACGGAUAACAAUACAUGUUCUUUUUGUCUACUAGUUCGUCAGUUUAAUUUAAAUACAAAAAUAUGAUUCGAUU